CUUGCGCAGUCCCGCCUUGGUAGUUAUUUUACAUCAUACAAACUGUCCAAGUUUGUAACAUACCACUAAAACGUAUUAUAAAUAACGUAGUCGUUGGUUUAAAUCAGAUUAUUAACUGGAAUCGAAAUAUUUGUGAAACCGGAGGUUACACAACAGGGAACUCAAAAGAAGACCAUGCAAGAGGAAAUUGCAUCCAUUCUCCGAGAACGGAUAAUGGUUUUAGAUGGCGGGAUGGGGACCAUGAUCCAGAAGUAUAAACUUGAAGAAGAUGAUUAUCGUGGUGUUGAAUUCAAGUAUCAUCCCAGAUGUUUAAAAGGGAACAAUGACCUCCUAAGCAUAACACAACCGGACAUAAUCUACACAAUUCACAUGGAAUAUUUACUGGCUGGUGCAGAUAUUAUUGAAACAAACACUUUCAGCGGCACACGUAUUGCCCAGACAGAUUAUGGUCUUGAGGAUCUGGCAUAUCGGCUGAAUAAAGUUUCUGCGGAAAUUGCCAGGAAAGCAGCCUGUGAUGUGUCUUCUCAGACAGGCAUCAAGAGGUAUGUGGCAGGUGCUAUGGGCCCAACAAAUCGGACAUUAUCAGUGUCACCAUCUGUCGAGAGACCAGACUACAGAAAUAUUACCUUUGAUGAACUAGUUGAAGCUUAUGAAGAACAAGCCAGAGGUCUGCUGGAUGGCGGAGUUGACAUUUUGCUAGUUGAGACCAUCUUCGAUACUGCUAAUGCAAAGGCUGCAAUUUUUGCCAUUCAGAAGUUAUUUGAAGAUCAGUAUGAGCCAAAGCCCAUAUUUAUUUCAGGAACCAUUGUUGAUAAAAGUGGACGUACUCUUUCUGGACAGACUGGAGAAGCAUUUGUUGUAAGUGUGUCCCAUGCAGAUCCGCUUUGCAUUGGACUGAACUGUGCCUUAGGGGCAGCUGAAAUGAGACCAUUCAUUGAAGUAAUUGGAAAAUGUACAACAUCCUACAUCAUCUGUUAUCCAAAUGCAGGACUUCCUAACACGUUUGGAGACUAUGAUGAAACUCCUGAGAUCACUGCCAAGCACCUGAAGGAAUUUGCUUUGGAUGGUUUGGUCAACAUUGUUGGAGGUUGUUGUGGGACUACACCUGCACAUAUCAGGGAGAUUGCAGAAAGUGUAAAGGGCUGCAAACCCAGAGUUCUACCUUCUUGUGUCUUUAAUGGCUACAUGCUCCUCUCUGGUUUAGAGCCUUUCAGGAUUGGACCGUAUACCAACUUUAUCAACAUUGGAGAGCGCUGUAAUGUUGCAGGGUCAAGGAAGUUCGCCAAACUUAUCAUGAAUGGCAAUUAUGAGGAAGCUUUAAGUAUAGCCAAGGCCCAGGUGGAGAUGGGGGCACAGAUUCUGGACAUCAACAUGGAUGAAGGAAUGUUGGAUGGGAAGACUGCCAUGACCAGAUUUUGUAACUUCAUUGCUUCGGAGCCAGAUAUUGCUAGGGUUCCGUUAUGCGUUGACUCUUCAAACUUUUCAGUGAUUGAAGCUGGAUUGAAAUGCUGCCAAGGUAAAAGCAUUGUUAACAGUAUCAGUCUGAAGGAAGGUGAGGGGGAAUUUAUGGAGAGAGCUCGGCUUAUUAAGAGAUAUGGAGCUGCCGUUGUUGUCAUGGCUUUCGAUGAGGAGGGGCAGGCUACAGAAACAGAACAUAAAAUCGAUGUGUGUACCCGGUCCUACAACCUCCUAGUAAAUAAGGUGGGGUUUAAUCCCAACGAUAUUAUCUUUGAUCCAAAUAUCUUGACGAUAGGCACUGGAAUAGAAGAGCACAACCUAUAUGCCAUUAACUUUACUGAGGCAACAAAAAAAAUCAAGGAAUUAUUGCCUGGAGUCAGGGUUAGUGGAGGCCUUUCCAAUUUGUCUUUUGCCUUCCGAGGAAUGGACUCAAUCCGUGAAGCCAUGCAUUCUGUCUUCCUGUAUCAUGCUAUUAAGUGUGGCAUGGACAUGGGAAUAGUGAAUGCAGGAAAUCUCCCUGUCUAUGAUGAUAUAAACAAGGAUCUGUUGGAACUCUGUGAGAGCCUCAUUUGGAACAAAGAUCCAGAUGCCACUGAGAAGCUACUGCAGUAUGCACAGACCUAUGCCAAAGGAGGCAAGAAAGUAAUUCAAACCGAUGAGUGGAGGAAUGGCACAGUUGAACAGAGACUGGAGUAUGCACUCGUUAAGGGAAUUGAAAAGUAUGUGAUAGAAGACACCGAAGAAGCCCGAGCCAAUCAUGUGCUGUACCCCAGACCGCUUAAUGUGAUCGAAGGACCGCUGAUGAAUGGUAUGAAGAUUGUAGGAGACUUAUUCGGGUCUGGCAAGAUGUUCCUUCCUCAGGUAAUAAAGUCUGCUCGUGUCAUGAAGAAGGCUGUUGGUUAUCUCAUCCCAUUCAUGGAGAAGGAAAGAGAAGAAAUGAUGAUAAACUCAGGCUGUACAGAUGAAGUUGAUCCUUAUCAGGGCACCAUUGUAUUGGCCACAGUCAAAGGGGAUGUACAUGACAUUGGCAAGAACAUUGUAGGAGUGGUCCUAGGUUGCAACAAUUUCAGAGUGAUUGAUUUAGGAGUCAUGACUCCAUGUGAAAAAAUACUACGGACAGCCAUUGAGAAAAAUGCAGAUAUCAUUGGCCUAUCUGGUCUCAUCACACCAUCCUUAGAUGAGAUGAUCCAUGUUGCAAAAGAAAUGGAACGACUUGGAAUGAGCACUCCUUUACUUAUUGGAGGAGCAACAACAUCCAGAACCCACACCGCAGUCAAAAUUGCUCCAAGGUACAGUGCACCAGUAAUUCAUGUGUUGGAUGCAUCCAGGAGUGUUGUUGUGUGCUCACAACUGCUAGAUGAAAAUCUGAAAGAUGACUAUUUUGAAGAAAUAACUGAAGAGUAUGAAGAUAUUAGACAACAACACUAUGACACACUGAAGGACAGAAGAUACUUAACACUGGAGCAGGCCAGGAACAGAAGACUUCAGAUAGACUGGAGCACUAUACCCAGACCCGCUAUGUCUGCAUUUAUUGGAGCUCGUGUGUUUGAAGACUAUGACUUGCAGAAGCUGGUGAAAUACAUUGACUGGAAACCUUUCUUUGAUGUUUGGCAGUUAAGGGGAAAAUACCCAAAUCGGGGGUUUCCUAAAAUCUUCAAUGAUCAAACAGUUGGAGCAGAAGCUAAGAAGGUCUAUAAUGACGCCCAGAAUAUGCUGCAUAAACUGAUAGCAGAGAAGAAGUUACAGGCCAAGGGAGUACUUGGGUUCUGGCCAGCUGAAAGUGUGGGAGAUGAUAUACACGUGUUUGCAGAAAAUGUAUUUCCAAGAAGACAAGAACCAGUGGCAAAGUUUUUUGGCCUAAGACAGCAAGCAGAAAAAGACUCCUCUUCUGGAGAACCAUACUGCUGCAUAUCUGAUUUCGUAGCUCCCAAAGACUCUGGAAUUUCAGAUUACUUGGGUUUGUUUGCAGUUGCUUGCUUCGGAGCGGAAAAGCUUAGCAAAAUGUAUGAAACUCAGUAUGAUGAUUACAGCAGCAUCAUGGUUAAAGCAUUAGCAGACCGGCUAGCAGAGGCCUUUGCAGAAGAAUUACAUGAAAGAGUUCGAAGGGAAUUUUGGGGAUACUCUUGUAAUGAACAGAUGUCUGCUUCAGACUUAUUCAAAGUGAAGUAUGAAGGAAUACGUCCAGCUCCGGGGUAUCCAAUCCAACCAGAUCACACAGAAAAACUGACAAUGUGGAAACUGGCAAAAAUUGAGGAGAGUACAGGAAUUAGACUUACAGAAUCCCUGGCCAUGACUCCUGCUGCUGCCGUUUCUGGUCUUUAUUUCUCUAACCCCAAAUCAUUUUAUUUUGCUGUUGGUAAAAUUUGUAAGGACCAGGUUGAAGAUUAUGCCUUAAGAAAGCAAAUGUCAGUGGAAGAGGUUGAAAAGUGGCUUGGACCUAUUCUAGCUUAUGACUAAAAUGCAUUUUGCAUUUGGUCUGUUGUCCACCAAGAUGAUUGACACUAAUGCGUAUUUAACUGAUCUGCAAACCUAACAAAGCACACUGCCUUCCACUCAUGUUUUGUCGGUAUUGUAUAGACUGUCUACUAAUAUCUUUCAUCUAGAUGUAUUAAACAUGAUGGCUGUUUGACAGAAGGGCACAGUUUCAAAGGAAACGUUUUGAUACUGUAGUUUAUCUAUUAUAGGUCUUACUAGAAAUUGAGAAAUCAGAGUUAUUUAAAUAUUCCUCAAAGGUAAUUGAAAAGUAGCAGUUGAGGUCAAGCUGCAAAUUAAGGCUGUUACCUUGCUAUUAUCACCUAAAGACAGACACAUUGUGAUAUUUGCCAGAUGUGUAAUACUCUGCAUAUUUUUACUAGAAGUAUUUUCUUAGUUAAUUGUUUUAAGGAACAUUGAUACUACAUAUUUUGUGAUAGUUUGUAUCUUGUCUGUUGUCAUGUGCGAACAUUGCAGGUCACAUAAUGUGACUGAUGCAUGUUCUUUGUUGUCUGUAAUGGCUGGUAAGUACUUACUGCUCAAGAUUCCCAGAACAUCAGUUUGAAAUUGAAACCCGUCAGAUGUUUGCUUGGUUGGCCACAACUACCAUAUCAACUGUGUUUGUGUCAUUGUUGUCCUAUUUUCAUUUGUAUUGGCACCAGAUGUUUGAAUGUAUAUACUGUUGGGAGGGGGGGGGUAAUUUAAAGUCUGAUGACUGUUAUACUGGUUUAACUGAAUAUGUUUUUAGUACUGGAGGAAAUAUAAGCCUUGAUUCAUUAUAGAAAAUGUCAUCACCUGACUGGUGCUGAUUUACUUGUAAAUGGUGCCAUUUCAUUAGAAAGUGGUAAUUCCAGCUUCACCACUAACUGGACAGUGCCUAGCAUGGUUACAUGCCAGCAGUGUUUAAAAACUGUUGCUGCCCUUUUUUGCUAUGUUUGUUGUAUUGCAGUACUUUUCUACUGCAGACAUGCUGUCGAACAACUCAGUGAUAUAUUCUUAAUGCACUGUACAUACGCAUGUUCCCAUACAUCCAGUCACAUACGGACUGCAUUGGUGCAGUUUGCGAUCACUGAUAAUUUGGCAUUAGGAAAACAUUUGUUGUCCUUUGCUUUUAGACAUCUUUAUUUUGAUGUUCAGCAGUAUAAUACUGUACUAAAAUGAUUACUUCAAGGACCAUUUAUAUUUUGGAACUGGAAGUACUGCAAACCUUUUUUAGUUAUAAUUUUUUAUUUUUCUUUUAAUGGCAGUAACCUGAGUUACAUUUUUCUGGUAGUUUAUAUGUAUCUUUUGUGUUGAUUACUUUGUUUGCCGCUGCUAAAAAGGAUUUUUUCAUCAAGUGAAAUAACUGUAUUUGAUGUCUGUUUUUAGAAGCAUAGAAUGAUGGUUUUCCACUUAGUUAACAGGAGUUUUAAUCGUCAUUUUACAUGUGUACCACAUUUAGUUUUUAUUCUAGUCUGCUGUAAAGUAUUCAUGCUAUUCCUUCAUAUAGGAACUUGACAUUGUAAUGCUUCUGAUAGUGUUUGUUCAUGUAUUUUAUUUGCUAAAAGAUUCAUUUUAUGUGGGUGUACAGCAUCAUUUUUGUAAGGUGCCAUUUGUAUUGUAUUAGUGGUCAUUAGACCCUGCAUUGCCUCCGAGGGAAUAAAAAAAUGAUAGUACACUGUGGCAUUUAAGAAACAUAAUAUAGACAAUCAAACAUACUUCUUGUAUGUCCAAGUACUGAAAAAUGUGCAGAAGAAAGGUUUGCAUUUUGUCUAAGAAAAACAUGUUAUUUGUUUAGCAGGCAUGGAACAGAUGGCGUCUUUAACACUUCAAAUUACAUCUCACUGUUUGUUGAAACUGAAGAUCUCAUGCACUGCUACGUAGAAUCAAGUAUUAGUAUCUCUCAAAUGUUAUACAUUAAUAAUAUGUAUACUGUGUAUCCAUAAAAUGUACUUGAAUGUACCUCCUACCACGGCUACUGUAGAAAAUGGUCCAUUUUUGGAUCAGUCUGCCUAUAUGACAGAAAAAAAAAAUGAUGAAAUAAUGAAACCUG